GUCGAGGAAACUUAAGGUAAAAACUACCGUGUGCGUCAUUAUCUGUCGAGGAAACUAACAGUUCAUUUACACAGUAACGAUUUCCAAUGGCGUACAAGAAACGUCCUCCACCCGUCAACCCAGUCACUAGAAGAUGGACGGAAGGACGCUUUUUUAGCGAUCUUGAUCUGGAAUUUUCAAACAAAAUAAACUGCCGGGGCAAGAAAGACAGAAACGAGUGCGCCAUUCAAAGAGUGUGCUAUUUUAAAGAUGGAAAGUACGUUAUGUUUGACGAGAAAAACAGCAAAAUAAAGUUAUUUGAUAGGGACUUCAACUUCCUGUUAGAGAGCGCAGUUCCGGCGGACUGCAGGGAUAUGGUAUACACAAACGAAAACGAGAUCGCUCUCACUCAGAAAGACGGUGUCAUAUUUGUCAAUGUCGACGAUCACCGAUUCCGGAAUUCCAGAAAGAAGUUCACUUUUCCAGAAAAUUCUCAAGGUUUUGGAAUGGCGUCUGGGAGAUCACGUCUGUUCGUGACGUGUGAUGUCAUGAGCGUGAACGCAUCUCUUAGAAUUAUUGAUAUGAAGGGAAGAAUGAAAGUAAAAGUAGACAGCAUAAAAGGCCUGACAGAAAAUCGAGAUUCUGGAGGAUACACUCGGCCGUUCGGAAAAUUUCUCUCCAUCUCAGACCAAUCCAUUAAAGCUGGUUCAAUAUACCUGAGCGACACGGAAGGAAGUCGGAUCGUUUGUUGUGAUUUGGGCGGAAGCUUCCAGUGGGAGGUGCCUAUGUAUGACACGCCUUUUGGUGUGACGUCAGUCGGAGAUUACGUCAUUAUGUGUCUCGAUAGUAACCAGCUAGGACUGAUUCAUAAAGAUGGAAUCUUUGUCAAAACGUUUCCCGAGAUGCAUUUCAAACCAAAGAAUCUGUUCUUUGAUGUAAACAAAAACAAACUGCUUGUGACUGAUUCCGAGACUUCAGAUUUCAUAUAUGCAUAUGACAUAAAAAUAACACAAACGAAAUAAAUUAUUUCAAUAUGAUGUCGAUGACAAUAUGUACAGAACCAUGUAAUCUGUUAAUUAACAAACAAAACUACCUUCAUCCCACACAUUAUAAUUUAUUAAGCAUCAAAGCAUGGAAUAAAACAGAGCGUGAAUUCUAUGUACAUAGUAAAUGGUUUGGUAUGUUAUUUCUUCAGAUACAUCACUUUUAUACAGAAA